GGUUGCCAUAAUAUUUAGGUUUAAAUAUGAUACUUGAUGUCAAGGAAUAUUUAGAAAAAAGUUACAUGUAUUAAUUUGUAUCUGGAAUAAACAUCAUGAUAUUGCACCAUUGUCGGAAGUGGAUAUAUUAUAUAUGUAGUCAAUUGUGGUAAACAAAUGCACGCAGCUGGUCUGUAGCAAGUUUUUGGAUACUUUUUAGCAAGUUUGUAAACAAAAAAAUUACACAUCAUGAGUGCCGUUAAAAUGAGAAAUAACAAAAGCAAUGGCCAAGAUGCUAACUCAAUUUCAUCAAGCAAUCAAACUGCGGAUAUGAGAAUCAAAGAAUUAGAAAAAUUCAUCCUGGAUGGUCCAUGGAGUCCACAGUGGUUGAGUGUAGAAACACUGCUGGAUAUACUUAUAGUAUUAUAUGACGAAUGUGGUAACUCCACGUUAAGAAGAGAAAAAAGUGUUAUCGAUUUCAUAGAAUGGGCAAAACCUUUCACAUCAAGAAUAAAAGAAACGAGAUUGCACAAAGACGACUUCGAUUUCUUGAAAGUAAUUGGAAGAGGAGCAUUUGGAGAGGUUGCCGUUGUCAAAAUGAGAAAUACAGAUGAUGUUUAUGCCAUGAAAAUAUUGAACAAAUGGGAAAUGUUAAAGCGGGCUGAAACAGCAUGUUUUCGAGAAGAACGAGAUGUAUUGGUACAUGGAAAUACAAACUGGAUUACGAAGCUUCACUAUGCUUUUCAAGAUGAUAAUAAUUUGUAUCUUGUUAUGGACUAUUACGUCGGUGGUGAUCUUCUUACACUUCUAAGCAAAUUUGAAGAAGGGCUACCUGAAGAUAUGGCAAGAUUUUAUAUUGCUGAAAUGGUGCUAGCUAUAGAUUCAAUACAUAAACUUCAAUAUGUUCAUAGAGACAUCAAACCUGACAAUGUACUACUCGAUGUCAACGGUCAUAUUCGUCUUGCCGACUUUGGUUCAUGUUUACGAUUAUUACCGGAUGGCACUGUUCAAUCCAACAUAGCUGUUGGGACUCCUGACUACAUUUCACCGGAGAUCCUGCAAGCUAUGGAAGAUGGAAAGGGCCGAUAUGGACCAGAAUGUGACUGGUGGUCUCUCGGCGUUUGUAUGUACGAAAUGUUAUAUGGAGAAACUCCUUUCUAUGCAGAAUCGCUUGUCGAAACAUAUGGAAAAAUUAUGACACAUAAGGAAAAAUUUCGAUUUCCUUCUGGCGCCUAUAAUCGUGAAGUUUCUGAUGCAGCAAAGAGUUUGAUGAGCAGCUUAGUAUGUGACAGCAAAGAUAGACUCGGUCAAAGGGGAACUGAGGAUUUUCGGGAUCAUCCAUUCUUUACUGGUAUUGAUUGGGAGAAUCUAACCACCAUGACACCACCUUAUAUACCUGAGUAUUCGUCACCCACAGAUACAUCAAAUUUCGAUGUCGAUGACAUGGACUCAAAACAUUCUAGCGAUGCAGCCCCUCCAAAUUCAUCUAUGGGAGCUUUUUCUGGUCACCAUUUACCUUUUAUCGGAUUUACUUACACAUCAAAUUCAUCUCUGUCAGAUGCUUCAUGUGGUUCCAUCAGCAAAAGAUCUCGAAUUGACAACGGUGCAGCAGGAGAUACGAAUGAAAAAAUAAGCAAUGCAUCAACUCAUUCACUUGAAAGAAAAGUGCACAGACUUGAACAGGAAAAAUUGAAUCUUGAAAGAAAAUUAGCUGAAUCAGCGAAAAACAAUCACAAUGCCAGCACAAAGGUUGAACAUGAUCAACUGGCACAGAGUGGAAGAGAAGAUGAAUCGAAGAAAUUGAAAGAUGAAAUAAAUUUAUUACAUAAAAAAUUAAAUGCAGCUGAUCAAGAAUUACAAGCUGCUGAUGUAUUACGGAGAGAUUUGGAAGAUGCUCACCAGAAAGUAAAGGCUUUAGAACGUCAGCAACGACAUCUCAAACAAGAACGGGAUGACACUCACAGAGAUCUAGUUGAAGUCAAAGAGAGAGCGAGAGAGCAAGGUCGACAACUCAAAGAUACUCAUGCUCAGAGGAAAUUGGCUAUGGAAGAGUUUACUGAAAUUAAUGAAAGGUUAACAGACGUACGAACUCAGAAAAAGAAAUUGGCUCGACAACUUCGGGAAAAAGAUGAAGAAUUGGAAGCUGCUACAAGUCAAUUUAAACAAGACUUAAGAAGAUCUGAAAAAGCUAAAACAUCUCUGGAAGACCAACUAGAGCAGAAAACAACAGAAGUCCUCAAACAAACUAAACUGAGAGAAUUGGGUGAUGCAAGAGUUCGACAAGUUGAGGAGGAAAUUGAAGAAUUGAGGUCAAAACAAAAGUCAAUGGCUGCCGAUGUUCCUUCAUCCUCUCAUGAACAACAAAUUCAGCAACUUCAAGAGACUGUAUCAAGAUUACGACAAGAUGCAGAGAGAUCGGAUGUUACUCAGCGCGAGGAACUAUCUCGAAAAGACACGAUGCAUGCAUCUGAAAUAAAACACCUCAAAGUAAAAAUCCUAGAGGCAGAAAGUCAGCAUGUCGCUCUACAAAGAGAAAUUAUGAUUCUCAAAGAUAAAGUGGAAAAGACGAGAAGAGAAAACAAUCUUGAACAGCAAGAAGCCAUAAAAGACGUCAAGUUGAAAUAUGAAAAACAAAUCAAACUCGAAUCUGACAAUGCUGUAUCGUUACAAGCUGAGGUCGAAAGACUAACGUCGGAACUUGAGAAAUCUCAACAAAGCGUUAAAGCAUUGGAAGAAGACAUUCGAGAAGGCAAAGAAAGAAAAGAAGACGUUCAGCAAUGGGAAGCUCAAAUAGCUGAAAUUAUUCAAUGGGUUUCUGAUGAAAAAGAUGCUCGGGGAUAUCUGCAGGCGUUAGCUGGUAAAAUGACAGAAGAAUUGGAUACUUUAAAAAGCACCAGUGCUAGAGCUAAUACCAUGGACAAAUGGCAAGCACAAAGAAGACAAAAAGUGGAUCGUCAGGCAAUUCUUGAAUUGCAAUCAAAUCUACAAUCGGAAAUUCAAGCCAAACAGAUAUCAGAAGAAUUGACUCGUGCUAAGGAACGUAAUCUCGUUAUUGAAAACGAAUUGCAAGAAGCCAACAUCACAAUAGAAGAGCUCAAAGAUGAAAACGUAAAUCUACGAGAAAAGAAUGAUUCUACAUCAAAGAAACAAUCAGAUCGUCGCCACUCCCAACUCUCGUUUUUAAACUUCCUCAAAGACUCGUCUCCCUCACCUGUUACUCAUAUUGUGGACAACUAUGAACCUACACAAUCUGAUAUGGAUUUUAAUAUCGAUUUUAACCAGUUGGGUCGUCUUGAAUCCAUCAAAUCAGGUCAACAACACGACCCUAACCAACAACAACAACAACAAAGGUCACAAAUAAGAUAUAAAUCUGGCUCUAUGAGGUCGGAUUCAUCUAUAACAAGUGAGGAAUCCAGUCAAAAUAAUCAUUAUGAACAACGUAGUAGAGACUCUAGUAGUAUUAAGCAGGAAAUUGAAAACUCAAAAGCACAUUCUUCUUCAUCUCCCACCAGACGAGUUCCAAGUUUCAAACCAAUUCAGCAACAGGUGCCUAAACCGAAAGCUCAUGCCUUCAUUGUGAAGACAUUUUCUACGGUAAAUUUAGUAGAAAUAUUGAUUCUGACUGAAUUUCUAUUUCGCACUGUCGGAACUAAAAGACCAAAAGGUAUUGAUCCUCAGAGAGGAAUUGGAACUGCUUAUGAAGGUUUCGUCAAAAUACCGAAGCCUAUGGGAGUUAGAAAAGGUUGGAUAAAACAAUUGGCAGUCGUCUGUGAUUUCAAGCUCUUUCUCUACGAUUUAAAUGAAAAUAGAAGUGGUGGUGGUGGACAACCUGGUUCUCAUCAACCUAGUGUUAUUGUCAGUCAAGUCAUUGAUAUGAGAGAUGAACAGUUUGAAGUCAAAUCAGUGACGGAAUCAGAUGUUAUACAUGCUAACAAGAAGGAUAUACCUUGCAUAUUUAGUGUUGUUGCAUCAUGUAUGUCUCGGCCCAAACUUCGCACUCAAGUACUUAUGCUUGCCGACACAGAAUCUGAUAAGAAUAAAUGGAUCGGAGCAUUUUCUGAACUUCAUCGCGUUUUAAGAAGAAAUCAACUCAAAGAUAAAUCAGUAUUUAAACCUCUCGAAGCUUACGAUUCUACAUUACCAAUCGUCAAGUCUGCAAUGAGUGCAGCUAUCAUUGACAGAGACAGGAUAGCUAUCGGAAAUGAGGAAGGUCUCUAUGUAAUUGAACUGCGUACUGAUGAAAUUGUCAAAGUCGGAGAUGCCAAGAAGGUUCAUGCCAUUGAAGUUUUACCAAAAGCUCAAUUGGUUGCUGUCAUAUCUGGAAGAAACAAACAUGUGAGACUCCAUACAUGGGGAGCUCUCGAUGGAUCAAUGCACGAUGAUACAGCUAUAAAAAUAGAAGACACAAAAGCAUGUACUGCUCUGUGUUCUGGAACUGUAAGACAAGGAACAACAUCCUGUCUCUGUGUAGCAAUGAAAAAACAUGUCAACGUGUAUGAGUUGAAUUCAACGAAGACUCGUCAUAAAAAAGUGAAAGACAUCAUGCUGCCCAAUCCAGCACAGUGGAUGGCUGUUUUCAAUGAGAGAUUAUGUGCCGGAUAUGUUUCUGGUUUUGCUUUGUUCAGUAUACAAGGGGAUAAUAGUCCUGUCCCUCUGAUGAGUUGCGAUGACAAAUCACUAGCAUUUUUAACCAAUCCACCUGUCGAUACAUACUGCGCUGUCGAAAUAACCCAUAAAGAAUAUCUUCUCUGCUUUUCAACUUGUGGGGUUUAUACUGACUGGCAAGGCAGGAGAUCAAGACAACUGGAGUUAAUGUGGCCUGCUCCACCAUCUGCUAUAACAUACAAUGCACCAUACUUGAUUGUUUAUUCCGAGAAUGCAGUCGAUGUUUUCGAUAUCUUGGAAAUGGAAUGGCUGCAAACUAUUCCACUUAAAAAAGUUCGUCCGCUAUCAAGAGAUGGAGCACUCAAUCUUGCUUGUUCUAUGGAUCCACCUAAACUUGUGUAUAUGAAAAAUAAAUAUGACGAAGGAGACGAGCUUCAACUUUCUGAAUUGACAAGCGUUGGGAAGAGACAAUAUUAUAAAGGAAAGACAAAAAGACGAUUUGCAUUCAAGGUACCACCUGAGGAGUUGAGAAGCUCUCUGAGAACUGAGUUAUUGAAAAAUCCUGAACGUCGAAGUCAACUGAUUUCUGCACCAGCCAACUUCAACCAUGUUGCACACAUGGGACCAGGAGAUGGAAUGCAAAUUCUGAAGGAUUUACCUGGGCCUCCGCCGCAGUCGCACACCCAUGACUUGAUUUCAACCCCAUCCAACUUUAAUCAUGUGUACCACUUGGGACCAGACGUCAUGGAUUCGUCCUUGGUCGAAUUACGGCGACAACAACAACAACAGCAGCAACAGACUAGUGCUAGUGUGACAAGAGGGGCUAGUGAACCGAAGAUGGGACCAAUGUACAAACAACAGUCAUCUUCUAACAGUCAACAUGUAUCAAGAUCUGAAAGUUCUCCUCAACAUCGUUCUCCUGGAUCUUCUCAACAUCCAAGAUCUUCAUCAUUUAAUCACAGAGCUGGAGAUCAAUAUCAGCAACAUCACACAACAGUUUCAUCUUCGUCAUCUUCGACAACUACAUCUCCUGAUCGUCAUGGACCCUGGAAUAUGUCUCAAUCUGUACAGUCAAGUUACAACCAGUAUGUAUCAAGUUCUUCUGUUUCUGCUUCUAUGGCAACUUAUGAUAGAGAAGAUUCAGACUCUCGUCUUUCGACAGCCUCCAACAAGAGCUCAGACUUGAGUUUGCCUCCGAGCCCGAGCUCUCAUCCCAAAACGACGUAUCUUCUGGAUUCAGAGUCCGGAUCGUGGGAUGCCUGAUCUUGACCGUCCGUUAUCACAUCCUUCAAAACUUUCUCACUCUGCAACUAUUGUGUUCCUGUUCUGCUUAAUUGCUUUACAACAGAGAAUGUCGGUGGUUUUCUGUAUUGAUACUCUGUACCCAUGUCACAAGCCAAGAGGUUGAGUUUUAACCAACAAAUUGUAUAAAUGGUCAGAAUACACUCUAUAAUAUUUUAGCGGCAAAGACUAAAUCAAGAUGUUUGCUACUGAACUGUCAACCCUUAAUUCUCAAUCUUUGUUCGAAUGUGAUUUUUCUGUAUGAAGUAACGUUUUGCAUCAAAUAUUAUUUUGAAUUUUCCUCAUUUGUAAGGAGCGUAUUUGCUAACGGGACU